AAGGUCGUUUCCCAAUUUGGCAGGUCUGUAUGUACGACCCAUUCCCACGGGCGCUUUGUUCACACAACUCGACUCCGGCCAUGCCCCGGAACGACGGCCGCAAUGACCUCUACCCCCAGCUCCUCCGUCGGAUGACCGGACACGGAGACUAUGAUAGACUGCUGUGGGUCCUCACCCAGAAGCUGAAUGAAUCUGGGUGGCUAGACGACUUCCGGGACAAGAGCAAAGAAAUGGCCCGUAAUGCGGACAGUAUAUCGGCCGAGACGAUGAUGACCGAAUUACGGCCACAAGCCGAAGCGACAAUACCACCGAAGGUGCAGCAAGAAAUCAUGACCAUGAUUCGACAAUAUUUGGAGAAACAAGUCGAGGGCUAAACGAGUGUGCUUCUUGACUAUUUGCGAAGCCAAGCCUGGAUUUUCGCUUCUCUGCUGUAUGUUGUAUCUCAGUUAUACCCACUGUUCUAUUCCAGCGUUUUGCUCUUGCUC